AUUCUUGUCGUGGCGCUGUCUGUUCGCUGUGGUGACGUUAUCAAGCACUUUAUGGUUAAUCAUUCCGAUGACGGUGAAUUCUAUAUUGAGAGCGUUCGAGCGAAAACCAUUCAGGAUUUAAUUCAGAAACAUCUACGAUUUCAGUGCGAUCGUAAAGCUCUCAGACAUUUCAUGAAGGAAGCACGACUGUUGCGUUCGCUGCAUCAUGAGAACGUUGGACAAAUCUACGGCGUUGCAUUACACUACAAUCCGAUUAUUCUCGUCCUCGAAUUCUCUCGAAUGCUUCUCACAUUGACGAAUAUUUCAGCAUCGCUGUUGACGUAUCUGAAACGAAAUCGCGGAUGCACUUCAGGGACGGAGAAGCGACGUCUCGUUUGCGAGGCAGCGGCCGGUCUUGCCUACCUUGCCGAAUCGGGAUGUAUUCAUCGGGACAUCGCUGCACGUAACUGCAUGCUCAACGAUGCGCUGGUAGUUAAGAUAUCUGGUUUCUCUUUGUGUGAACCGAUUCGUGAAAUGCAUGACUCUUCAAACAGAGCGAUUGCUGUUAAAUGGCAAGCACCUGAAGUACUGAAAAAUCGUGAUUACAGUCUGAAAUCGGAUAUUUGGUCAUUUGGGGUCUUAAUGUGGGAAGUGUAUUCAGACGGAAGUGAACCGUACGGAGAAUUGACACCGAAUGCUGUGAAAGAAAUGGUUCUUCGAAAUAACUACAGAAUGAUAAUUCCGGAGGUGAGUGAAAAUACAAAUAUAGCGAAACGCAAACUGGGGUUAUCACCAGCUAUCUCGAAACCGACUGAUUGUCCGAAGGUGGUAGCGAACAUCAUGGCGUCGUGUUGGGAGAGUUAUCCGCGUAAGAGACCAUGCAUGUCCGCCAUUCAUCUCGUUAUUCGUGACUACUAA